AUGUUGAGCAACAAGGAAAUCCGCAUCGUCUCCCUUUUGGUGCUAGACACUGUAUUCUUUCUCCUGGAAAUCAUCAUAGGGUACACAGUGCACUCGCUAGCAUUAAUUGCGGACUCGUUCCACAUGUUAAACGAUAUAGUCUCGCUCAUUGUGGCUCUCUGGGCGGUUAACGUCGCCAAGACUAGAAACCCCGAUGCUCGGUACACCUACGGUUGGAAACGGGCGGAGAUUCUCGGGGCAUUGAUCAACGCAGUUUUUUUGAUUGCACUUUGUGUGUCUAUUUUGAUCGAAGCCAUCCAGCGGUUUUUUGAGCCCCAGGAGGUGAAGAACCCACAGUUGAUCCUCUACGUGGGUACUGCGGGUCUCCUUUCGAACAUAUUGGGACUUUUCUUGUUCCACGAACAUGGUCAUUCGCACUCUCAUGGAACUACUGGUGAGGACAUGGAAGCACACUCCUCGAGUCACAGCCAUUCGCAUCACAUUGGGUCGCAUUUACAUGAGGAUGAACCGGAGGCCAUCCAGGAGUUCCUCCCUGCUGCUGUAGUAGAGCGGUACAUGAGCUCUUCCGAUGAAAACACCCCACUAGUGAAGGACCACGAUCACAAGCAUUCUGCACAUGGCGCUGACCACCGCUCUUUGAACAUGCACGGGGUUUUCUUGCAUGUUUUGGGAGACGCAUUAGGGAACGUCGGAGUUAUGCUCACGGCGAUUUUUAUUUGGAAGACUGACUACUCCUGGAGAUACUAUUCCGACCCCUUUGUUUCCCUAGUGAUAACCUGUAUCAUCUUCUCAUCUGCUUUGCCGUUGUCUCGGAAAGCUUCAAGAAUAUUGCUCCAAGCUACGCCUUCCAGCAUUUCUGCAGAUGAAAUUAAGGGCAAGAUUCUUGCUAUACCCGGUGUUAUUUCAGUCCAUGAUUUCCACAUUUGGAAUCUCACGGAAACCUUCUCUAUUGCCUCUAUUCAUGUUCAGGUUGACUGCGGUCAGGAUAGCUACAUUGGGACUGCUAAGGUCAUUCGCUCCAUUUUCCACAGAUAUGGUAUCCAUUCGGCGACCGUACAGCCUGAAUUCAUCGGAUCGCGUGACGUGAGUGACGACUCCUAUAGGCGGUUUUCUCGAAUUGCGGGUGGUGGACUAGGUUCCUCAACGUCUGUCAACGAGGAGUCUGAUUCAACCAAAGAUCAAGUUCCCCAUGCGUACGGCGCAACGAACAGCCAAACAGGAUGUUUAGUUGACGAUGCAGCCAAUUGCAAUUCUGAUAAUUGCCUACCUUAG